CGGCGCGCGGCGGCUCUGGGCCUGCGCGCGCCGGAGUCAGGGGUCACGGCGGCGUACGCUGUGGCGGGAAACGCUGUUUGAAGCGGGAUGGAUGGCAAGCGGCAGUCAGGCCUGGGUCCUGGGGUGCCCCCGAAGCGGGCCCGUAGGGGACUCUGGGAUGAGGAGGAGGCGCCUCCACCAUCCCAGUUUGAAGAGAACCUGGCACUGCUGGAGGAGAUGGAGGCAGAACAGCGGCUGUGCGAGCAGGAGGAGGAGGAGCUGCAGCCGGCCCUAGAGGGGGCCGCGGGUGGGCAGUUCUCUGAAGCCAUAGAUUCCCGCUGGGUGCGGCCUGCCCCACCUCCCCUGGACCCUCAAACAGAGCCCCUCAUCUUCCAGCAACUGGAGAUUGACCAUUAUGUGGGCCCAGCGCGUCCCCUGCCAGGGCGGCCUGUGCCGCCCCGUGGUACUGUGCCAGUGCUYCGCGCCUUUGGGGUCACGGAUGAGGGUUUCUCUGUCUGCUGCCAUGUCCACGGCUUCGCACCCUACUUCUACACCCCAGCACCCCCUGGUUUUGGAGCCGAGCACCUGGGUGACCUACAGAAGGAGCUGAAUGCAGCCAUCAGCCGGGACCAGCGUGGGGGCAAGGAGCUCACAGGGCCUGCCGUGCUGGCCGUGGAGCUGUGUUCUCGAGAAAGCAUGUUCGGGUACCAUGGCCAUGGCCCAUCUCCAUUCCUGCGCAUCACCUUGGCGCUGCCCCGCCUUGUGGCUCCUGCCCGUCGCCUUCUGGAACAGGGCAUCCGGGUGGCAGGCUUCGGCACCCCCAGCUUUGCGCCCUAUGAGGCCAACGUGGACUUUGAGAUCCGGUUCAUGGUGGAUGCGGACAUCGUUGGCUGCAACUGGCUGGAACUCCCAGCUGGGAAAUACAUCCUGAGGCCAGAGGAGAAGGUUACACUGUGUCAGCUGGAGGUAGAUGUGCUGUGGUCAGAUGUGGUCAGUCACCCCCCAGAAGGGCCAUGGCAGCGCAUUGCACCCCUGCGUGUGCUCAGCUUCGACAUUGAGUGUGCUGGUCGCAAAGGCAUCUUCCCUGAGCCUGAGCGGGACCCCGUGAUCCAGAUUUGCUCUCUGGGCCUGCGCUGGGGUGAGCCAGAGCCCUUCCUGCGUCUGGCGCUCACCCUGCGGCCCUGUGCUCCUAUCCUGGGUGCCAAGGUGCAGAGCUACGAGCAGGAAGAGGAGCUUCUCCAGGCCUGGUCUGCAUUCGUCCGUGCCGUGGACCCCGAUGUCAUCACUGGCUACAACAUUCAGAACUUCGACCUCCCCUACCUCAUCUCCCGGGCCCAAACCCUCAAGGUGCAGGCCUUCCCUUUCCUGGGCCGCGUGGCCGGACUCCGCUCCAACAUCCGGGACUCAUCAUUCCAGUCAAAGCAGAUGGGCCGGCGAGAGAGCAAGGUGGUCAGCAUGGUGGGCCGUGUGCAGAUGGACAUGCUGCAGGUGCUGCUUCGGGAGUAUAAGCUCCGCUCUUACACACUCAACGCUGUGAGCUUCCACUUCCUGGGUGAGCAGAAGGAGGAUGUGCAGCACAGCAUCAUCACCGACCUACAGAACGGGAACGACCAGACCCGCCGCCGCCUGGCCGUCUACUGCCUCAAGGACGCCUUCCUGCCUCUGCGGCUGCUCGAGCGGCUCAUGGUGCUGGUGAACACUGUGGAGAUGGCGAGAGUCACCGGUGUGCCCCUCAGUUACCUGCUUAGCCGUGGCCAGCAGGUCAAGGUCGUGUCCCAGCUGYUGCGGCAGGCCAUGCGUGAGGGGCUGCUGAUGCCCGUGGUGAAAACGGAGGGCGGCGAGGACUACACGGGAGCCACAGUCAUCGAGCCCCUCAAAGGGUACUACGAUGUUCCCAUCGCUACCCUGGACUUCUCCUCGCUGUACCCGUCCAUUAUGAUGGCCCACAACCUGUGCUACACCACACUUCUGCGGCCCGGGGCUGCCCAGAAACUGGGCCUGACCGCAGACCAGUUCAUCAGGACACCCACUGGGGACGAGUUUGUGAAGACAUCUGUGCGCAAGGGGCUGUUGCCUCAGAUCCUGGAGAACCUGCUCAGUGCCCGGAAGAGGGCCAAGGCAGAGUUGGCCCAGGAGACAGAUCCCCUGCGGCGGCAGGUCCUUGAUGGGCGGCAGCUGGCGCUGAAGGUGAGCGCCAACUCCGUAUAUGGCUUCACCGGUGCCCAGGUGGGCAAGCUACCAUGCUUGGAGAUCUCACAGAGCGUCACUGGAUUUGGGCGUCAGAUGAUUGAGAAAACCAAGCAACUGGUUGAGUCCAAGUACACGGUGGAGAAUGGUUACAGUUCAGAUGCCAAGGUGGUGUAUGGUGACACUGACUCAGUCAUGUGCCGAUUCGGUGUCUCCUCUGUGGCUGAGGCUAUGGCCCUGGGACGGGAGGCUGCAAACUGGGUAUCCGGUCACUUCCCACCACCCAUCCGGCUCGAGUUUGAGAAGGUCUACUUCCCCUACCUGCUUAUCAGCAAGAAGCGCUACGCUGGCCUGCUCUUCUCUUCCCGCCCAGAUGCCCAUGACCGCAUGGACUGCAAGGGCCUGGAGGCUGUGCGCAGGGACAACUGCCCCCUCGUGGCCAACCUGGUCACUGCCUCACUGCGCCGCUUGCUUGUGGACAGAGACCCCGAGGGCGCCGUGGCCCACGCGAAGGACGUCAUCUCAGACCUGCUGUGUAACCGCAUCGACAUCUCCCAGUUGGUCAUCACCAAGGAGCUGACCCGYGCCGCAGCCGACUACGCCGGCAAGCAGGCCCACGUGGAGCUGGCCGAGAGGAUGAGGAAGCGCGACCCCGGGAGUGCACCCAGCCUGGGCGACCGUGUCCCCUAUGUGAUCAUCGGAGCUGCCAAGGGCGUGGCUGCCUACAUGAAGUCCGAGGACCCCCUGUUCGUGCUGGAGCACAGCCUGCCCAUCGACACGCAGUACUACCUGGAGCAGCAGCUGGCCAAGCCCCUCCUGCGCAUCUUCGAGCCCAUCCUGGGCGAGGGCCGCGCAGAGGCGGUGCUACUGCGGGGUGACCACACGCGCUGCAAGACGGUGCUCACGGGCAAGGUGGGCGGGCUCCUGGCCUUCGCCCAGCGCCGCAGCUGCUGCAUCGGCUGCCGCACRGUGCUCAACCACCAGGGAGCCGUGUGCAAAUUCUGCCAAUCCAGGGAGUCAGAGCUGUAUCAGAAAGAGGUGUCCCACCUGAACGCCCUGGAGGAGCGCUUCUCACGCCUCUGGACCCAGUGCCAGCGCUGUCAGGGCAGCCUGCACGAGGACGUCAUCUGCACCAGGCUCGAUGGGCCACACUUCAGCUGUCUGUACUCAGAUGGCGUCUUCUACGACCUGGACAGCUGCAAGCAUUCCAGCUACCCCGACUCAGAGGGGGCUUCUGACUCUCUGUGGGGCUGGGCCGAGGCCCCCCCUGUCCCAGCCACCUCCUAUGAAGGCUUUGACCCAGCAAUGGCCACCUAUGGUCACCCCUCAGCUGCCCAGCUCUGCUAUGGACCCSCAGCCUACAGUCCUGCAGGGAAUCUGGACCCAGCUCCCAGCCUGGAGGCCUCUGGGCCCAGCCUCCCAGCAUACCCCAGCGAGGACUUCACCAGCCAGACUCUGGGCCCCCUGGUGUGUGCCCCGUACCCCAGCCCUGUGCUGUCAGAGGAGGAAGACCUGCUGCUGGACAGUCCUGCCCUUGAAGUCUCAGACAGCGAGUCGGACGAGGCCCUCAUGACUGGCCCUGAAGGGAGGGCAUCCGAGGCAGGGGCCCGCAAGAAGCUGCGCCUGUACCAGUUCCUGCUGGGGCUGCUGACGCGCGGGGACAUGCGCGAGUGCGUGUGGUGGGUGGAGCCGGGCGCCGGCGUCUUCCAGUUCUCCUCGAAGCACAAGGAGCUCCUGGCGCGCCGCUGGGGCCAGCAGAAGGGCAACCGCAAGCGCAUGACUUACCAGAAGCUGGCGCGCGCGCUCCGCAACUACGCCAAGACCGGCGAGAUCCGCAAGGUCAAGCGCAAGCUCACCUACCAGUUCGACAGCGCGCUGCUGCCCGCCGCCCGCCGGGCCUGAGCGCACCGAGCCUCGCCUGUGGAGCCGCUUGGGGACCUCAUGGCCCAGCUAGGACCCCUCUAGAGUCCCUGGGUCACCUUGGCGACAUGGCACUCUAGGACAUAGGAUCCAUGGAUCCCCACAUUUGGGGUGGGGGCUGUCACAAUCCCUAAGCCCUGCCCAGGGCCCCUCUAGGACUCCCCAGUGGGUUUCUGGGACUCUUUUGUCAUGUACAGGAUCCCCCAGGRUCGUCAUGUUUUGAGUCAUAGGACCUAUGGACCACUGUAUUGUGUGUGGCAGGCAGGUGGGUGGGGCAUGGGCAAUGUGUCCAGAAUUCCAAGAACUUCUGGGGGAUCCCCUUAUGUCUGAGGUCCCCCCCCCCAUCCAGGCCAGUCACCUCUUUGAAGCCCCUUGUGUGUCUGUGAACCUUCAAUCUCUUCAGAUCAUCACACCAGGAGGGGGGCGCUGCCAGAAACCUUAAACCCUGGGGUGGGGCGUGGGGUCCCUUUGGGAUCCCCUUCUCAAAUCUGGAUCCCUCUUGUCAGAUCUGAGGUCCCCUGGUUAUGUCUGGAGCCCUCUGUGGAACCCUUUAUCUUCCCAGAUCUCUGUCCAUCUAUGGUUCUUGUCACUCUGUAACCCCAGAUCCCUUUGCCAUCUUUGAGAUCCCCUGUUCUAUGGAAUCACUCUGCUGUCACUUUUUUUGGGGGGGAGUCUGGAACUCUCUAAUCACAUCUAGAGCCCCUUUGUGAUCCUUUGGUUAUGUCUGAAAUGACUUGUUAGGUCUAGGGUCGGUAGGGGUUCAGUAGCACUUAGUUUGGGCCCCUCUUGUCAUAUCUGGGAUCCUCCAGUCACAUCUGAGACACCCCCCCAGGGGAUCCCUUAGAAGUCCCAAAGGAGGUCUGAGAUUUCUGGACCUUCCUGGGGUGCCCUUUGUAGGCCCCUGUGAGCACCCUUCUGCCACCACGGGGAUUUCUGUGUGUUGGGCAGCCUCCCCUCCCAUGGCAGUUCUAKCGAGACGUCUCAAGCUGGUGAAUCCCCACCCCCACCCAGGCAAACUAGGUCCCUGGUGGUGUUUUCUUUAGUUCACUGAAGCGUUUUGAGGGGAAGAACCUGAAUUAACAGCCCACAUUUGAAAUAGGGAGAUGUUUCAUGGUCCAGAUUUCUGSCUUCGCUUAAAUCUUUGGACAAUCUGGUGACAGUGAGCCAGCUUUUUGAUGUGGAGAGGUUGCAGCAGGAGAGUGGCCUCCUCAUAACRCAUCAUCUAUUCUUGCACUUCCUUGGUCCCAACUAUUGAGUUUCUACCCUGUGCAAACCCAGCAGGAGCUGGAGCCUGCCUGUGUGGGAGCUGUCACUUGGGAACCACGGGAGUCAAAGGUCCAGAGCCUUGAGGCUGGGUGGGCUAAGCAAGUGAAGUCUCAGUUUGUCCCUCUGAAAAGUGGGGGAAAGGAGGAGGAUCUCAAAAAAAAAAAAUCCUUGCAAGCUGGUCAGGGUGGUGCACACUUGUAA